AUGGGCACGACAAAAGCCGCGAAGGCGUCGACCUCGGCGCCGAAGAAGGAGAAGGUCUUUCACCCCGAGUCGCGAAAGGCGAACCAGAUCGCGCGGAAGGCGCUGAGGAAGGGCAAGAUGGGCAACCUCGCGGUGAAGAGGAGCAAGAAGCAGAAUGUUAUGCUGGACUUCUACACGUUCCUAUACGAGGCGCUGCCGGAGGAGGGGGAACUCACGCUGGAAGAGCUGCAUGCAGUGAUCAGGAAUGUGUGGUUGACGCGACAUGAUCAGGAGUUGCAGGAGGAGCAGGCAGUGCGGAGGAAGGGGAGGCCAAAGAGCGCGAAGGAGAUCAAGCUGGAGGACCUGAAGCUGCAGGAAUCCGAGGGGUACAGGACAGGAUUGGAAGUGAUCGACCUGACGCACCCGAUCAAUGUGAAGGUGUUCAGGCAGUGGGACCAGAAGGAGGUCGCCUACACGGAUCUCUUACGCUUCAUACGGAUAUCUGGCGCCAGCCCCGAGACGGUGGCCGUCUCCAGACCCGGAAAGCACCCUCUGCUGCAACCGGCGCAGCCCCAAGACUCCUCGGCACAGUCCCAAGACUCAUCGGUGCAGUUACAAGCGCACCCGAGCGCAGACGCCCAUAUGGACGUGGACGCAACGUAA